GCAAAUUGGAAAAUGGCGAUCGCGUCUCGUCGUAAAACACAUAUUGCACUUCCGUUUGUGUAGCAGCGAUCAUGGGCCGCAGAUCCAAGUGUUGUAAAUUCUCUUGGUUCGUGAAUGAUGGUGUUGGUAUUGGUUGUGCAAUUUUCACGUAUUUGCUCAUAGGUUAUGCCGAAUUUGUCGUUGUUUUUGUCAUGCUCUUACCCGAAGUUGUCCGAGCAGCUGCUUUUGGCGUGUUCCACGCCACCGCUUUUACGUUUUUUGCGUGUCUGGCUCUUGUUGCUCAUAGUAGAGCGAUGUGCAGUGAUCCUGUAAGUGCUUUUUCUUUCGAUAGAAACCUGUUAAAAGGAAGUCGCAAGAUCAUAUUACUUGCUGGGCUCGUAAGAGCUCCGACAUUUAACUGUGUGCAGAUGCAGUCUACCAGCUGCGAAUUAAUUGUAAUGUAUUGACAUGAGUAUGUUUGCGUUCAAAAGUUAUGUUCUGAUAUUUGCUGUUUUUAAUUAAAGGGUCUCAUGAUUUUGAAGCUUCAAAGUUUUAGUUGCUGCCCGAAGAUCUCUAAGUGGAAAGAAUACAAAACAGACAAACAAACUGAAAUUAGAAAUUUUGUCGAUGUCAUCCUAUAUAUUGUAUUUCAGUUCGUGUAUAUGAUUGUCAUAUUUUUCAAAUGUAGCAUACUUUUAGUGAUACAUUUUGUUUAGAGCAUUUUUUUUUUCUUUUGAAAAUAUAUUUUACUAUUAUUUAACUCUGUUUUCUUUAGUAUCUGGCAGACUUACCAACCGAAAGUUUAAUCAGGGUGGAUUAAAAAACCAUAUUAAAAAGACAAAGCUUAGCUAACAAUCUUUAUUUGGAUAUUCUUAUGCAUUUUUCUGUUUUUAUUUAUUCUUUUAGGGAAGUAUCCCUUUAGGAAAUUGUACCACUGAAAAUUUAAAGAAACUGCAGCUAAAGGAAGGAGAAGUUGUGCUUAGAUGUACUAGAUGUGAGUGUAUAAAGCUUGAUCGUGCACAUCAUUGCAGGUACUGUACUAAUGUUAUCACUUAUGAACCUCUCAUCGGUCAUACCCCAGGGAGAUCUCCAGGCAAAUACAACUUUUUAUGGGGACUUAUAGGCAGGGUUCUCAAUAGAAGGCGGCACCCGGCGAUUGAUCGCCGCUUACUUUGGGAUUUAUAGCCGCUUACUUUGUGUUUAGGUCGCUCUUCUUUGCUUUGUUUUGACACCUCUGGCUUUGCUGAAGAGCCUCCUACUUUAUCAGUGAUCACCUCCUACUUAAAAAUCUAUUGAGAACCCUGUAUAGGGGGAUUUGGUUUACAGUACAGCAUUGCACUGCUCGAAAAACCAGGGACUUUGUGUUGCAAUUAGGUUGAUUUCAACUUGUAUUAAAUCAAGGAGAUAUAGAACACUUAUCCAGAAGAUCAUGGGCUUACAUCUCUCCUCCUGGUGGAAAUAAUGGCAGAUUUAGCAGACUGUGUAGAGUCUCAGUUAUUGUUAUGUAAAUUGGCUUAAGGGUAAAUUACCAUUUUCUAAUUUGGUAAGCUGGUUCAUCAUGAAUUACAGCAUCUCAAGGUUACUGUCAUUUCAUGUUGUUCAAUUUGAUACCCCUAUGGAAGGUUGAAUAUAAAGUUUAGCUUGCAAUAUCAGAAACUUGCAAAAACAGAUGGUAAGGGCACCUGAGCUUAGGAUAUGGUCAUGUGAUACUAGUCAGCAGAUGCCCUAUUGUAGCAGGUGUCAUUCUAUUUUGAUAUGGAUGGCAUAUACAACAAUGUAACACUCACAGAAACGUGUUAGCAUUAAAUUCUCACUUUAAUGUUACUGGUGAUAUGUUGUUUUAGCGUGGAAUGUCAAACUGGCUUACAAGGCCAGCAAGGACAGUUGGCCUGUUUGACAGUCAGUCAUACACUGUAUGUAUAGUCAGAUAACCAACCAAAAUUUUUCUCAUCAAAAGAUUACAAUAUCUUUUUUUUUGCCUUGUGGAGAGAGUAGGUCUAUAUAUAUGUUUGUGUAUAUGUUGUAGUUAAAUUUUUUAUCUCAGGUAAUUUCUGUUUUUCUUUUGUUUUGGGGUAUGGUAAUGUAUCCUAAUGAAGUUGAAACAAAAGAAAAAUUAAAAUUACCUGAGAUAAAAAAUUAACUACAACAAUUAUAUUUAUUGCCAUGGGGGCUCUAGUAUUGCACUUCACUGCAAACUUUGCUACCAGUACUGCCAAAUUUAUUCUGAUCUGAUAAUAGAGUAGUGAUGUUGAUAUACAAAUUAUGUAUAGGUGCAGAGGUACAAUAAUAUGAUUAUGUAGGUUUUACUCACUUCUGCUCUUUUUAUCUUUGCUCGUAGCACUUGUGAGAGAUGCAUUAGGUAAGCCUUUCGUUAUUUUUUUCUGAUAUACAUUAUAAAGAUCCUCCAUUUUAACAUCUUAUAUUCUGCAUUAAUAGUAUUUUUUCUAGCUCUGUAGUGCCUCUCUGGGUUUGACCUAAUUCCCAGUGGUUCUUUUCAACACUUUUAGGAUCAACAUUCCCCUUUGAUCUUUGUUCUUUAAUCCCAAUUCUCUUUCUGAAGCACAUAAUUCUUUUAUCAAGUUACAUGUGGGUUCACAAAUAUCUGUUGCCAGAAACUCCUGCUGGGAUGACUAGCAAACCAGAUCAGUUUACAGACCAUUUUAGCUUUACAGUUGUGUGCCUAGUACCGUAGCCUUUGAGUGAAUUUAAGGCUGAGUUGACCUUGCUUGGUUUGAUACAAACCUUGCCACUUUUCUUAUGGAUAUUAUAUAUGAACAGCAUGGGCAUUGGGAGGUCACCAUGCUUUACAUAAGAAAGCAGGAAGGGUUGUAUCAAACCUGCCCACCCUUGCUUCCACUAAUAACAUACUUCGCCGUAUGCAGCAAAUGCUUACUGCAAACUUGCAUUCAGCCGGGAAAGGUGUACAGUGUUCUGAAAACUAUCCCAUGGUUUUAAGAAGACUUUAAGUCUUGGUAGUUAAUUCUGGUUUUGUUUCCACUCUCUACUUUGGCAGAAAAAUGGAUCAUCACUGUCCAUGGUAAGGCAUACAAAUGUUUUUGUAUUUAUUACACUUAAAUUAUUACAUCAUUCUGUAUUAUUAUCUGCCAAAUUUAUAACAACAACAACACUAUAUGAUCAUUAGAGAACGUUUUUUAGCAAAGUAUUUUCUAAAAAAAACUUUUAAAGAGAGAAAAAAACUGAAGGAAUACUUUCCAGUUCAGUUCAAUUUUCAUCCAACCUCUUGUCCUUCUAUUAAUGAACUAUCUCUAUUUCUGUAUAAUCUUGAAUUAAUUACUGCUCCCUCUUUGCUUUUUUUAUAGGAUUAAUAAUUGUGUUGGUGAAGAUAAUCAAAAAUUUUUUGUUUUAUUCACGGUGAGUAAUUAAUGAUUGUAUCUUUUGUUAUUCAGGUUGAGUGAGCCCUUAAUCUUUUUGGGUAAUUUUGUUUGUAAGUUCAUGUAACAUUUUAUUGAUUUUGUCAACACUAUCCAGAAAAAAACACACACACUCAAAAGUAGAAACAGGGGCCUUUAUGAGGACUUCAAAGCCAGUUUAUUGAUAAAGUAUUGUAAGAUAAUAAGUGCAUGCUUGAUUGCAAAACCCACCAACACAUAAAACAAGCCUUGUAAAAAAAUUAAGUAUGACACUGCAAAAAGCACCAGCAGGAAAAAAGAGAAUUUAUACCCCUGCCAGCUGAAAUCAGCUGUGGUGCUGACAACUUGGUGGUAGAGGUACGACGAAACUAAGCAACUGCCAAAUGCCUACAAACACAUAAUAUUGUAACAAAAUUAACAAAAGCAAAACAUAUUUGGAGCUUGAGUGAAUACUGACCUAGAAUGAAUAACAGUACAGAUCCUAGAUGGCUACCCAUUAUUUCUUUUCAGUGGACCCAGUCCUCUGGUCUGUGUGGGUAAAAAAAUAGUGUACACAUAUGGCCCUGUCAGAAAUACCAUUUUUGUCAAGUAAAGAGUGUUGUGGAUCUUUGUUUUUGCAGCUCUACAUUUUUACAAUAUCAGUGUAUGCUCUAGCUUUAACAAUCAGACAGCUGUUCAUUUGUACAGAGAAAGAAUGGCAAGGUGAGAAAGAUUUCCACCAUACUAACAUCAUAAAAGUCUGUGUAACCAUUUAAAUAUUUCUGUAGCCUGCCACUAUAAUCAUUAAAGUGCAAUAACAACAUAGCAUCAAGCACUCUAACAUCUGACCAUCAACCCAGUAUUUUUAGAAUUAAAUGCAUGCACACAAUCCAAGGCUAGCCCUUUCAAUCACAAAUAAAAUUAUUGCUAAAGGUGAUUUGCCAAUGACAACUUUUGACUGAACAACCACCAGAAUCCCAAAGGGUUUUCCUUUAUUUUGUAAGUCAGGGCUUUUGUUGUUUAAACCUUGCCAGGAUUACCAAAUUUAAGUAAAAAAUGAAAGGAAAAAAAUGGAUUCUGGUAAUAGUGGCGAAAAUGACGCCUCCAUACAAAUAGCCUAUUCAGGCAGAAUGACCCAAUGGAUCUAUAUCUCUUUCUUUCUCCAUUAUUUUCUGUUGCUUCUACUCACUUUUAACCCCUGCCAUGUUGUCAUUAUCCACCUCUUCCAUUUUAACCAUUUCUGUUCUCAACUACCCACUCAGUUAUCCUACCAGGACCAAGACCAGGACCAUUUUAACACCACUACCCACACCCACCCAGCUGCUAUCAGUGUGUUCUUUUGCUUGCUCCAUUUUGACAUACUCAAGGGUAUGAUCAAGAAACUGACUCUGUAUGAAUUGAGCAAGAUCUUUGUUGAGCAUACACUGCAUGUUGCUAGGAUACAGUUUCAAACCCAGGCCUUAUAGCCGUGCACUCGGCACAAAGGGGUCAGUUAUGACCAUUGUUUUAUAAAUAAGUAGAUGCCCUCACUCUAAAAAACCAGUUUGAUUAGAGAAAACAAGAUUGACUAGUCUAGAGGUUCAGGCUGCAUUGACUUCAAAGGUGUAUUGUGAUUCAGGCAGAGCCUCAUUUUGUCCUCUUCACUCAAAAAGAGAAGAAGAGGCGUCUGCUGAUGACCACAGGGUGCCUACACCAUCCCUUGUAAUGCUCCCCUGUAACCAAUACCCACACUAAACCCAUGAGGACUUUAUAUGACUAGUACCCACUCCCUCCAUAAUACUAAAAUUAUUGUUCACUUUCUUUUUUAUCCCAGCAGAUUGUACGUUUUUACCAAUCGCGUCUGCCAUUCUGUUAAUGAUAUUUCUAGUGUUUGAGGGAUUGUUGUUUGGAAUUUUUACGCUUGUUAUGUUUUGUACUCAAGUCUCUUCUAUCGUCAAAGAUGAAACGGUACGUCUGUGAAUUUACCUGUAUUAGAUAGAGGGAUGUAUUUGGCACGAAAUUUCUAUUUAAUAAUACUUAGCCAGAGAAGAAGAGACUUUAAAUGCUCGAAGAAUUGCGAGUGACAUUGUAAUUGGUCACAAUUUAUUCAUUUUUUUUCAUUAUUUUUCUUUUUUAUAUACGACACGCGCGUGUUACUAAUUCAGCGGAAUUCGAGAUAGGAAACACGCGGCCUGGAGCCCAUAACCCGACGGAGUGAGCAACUCUCAUACUGUGCAGACGUAUUUCUCGGCGUUUUCUUAGACCAGUCUAUUUUUAGACACAUUUUAGACUACUUUCUCCCUCAAAAAUGGAACUUGCACCUCCGUCCUAUGCCUUUUGCUGACGGUUGUCUAACUUAAGCGAUGGUCUUGAUACGCGCUAAAAUCAAUCUAAAAAUAAGCUUGUCUGUGACACGCUAUAACACGAAUGCAUGGAAGUUGUUCGCUCCGGGUUAUAGGCUCCUGACACGGCUUAAGUCAACGUAGCCACAAGGCAGACAAUGGGAAGGAUUGCGUGAAAGCCAAAAGGGCGUCUGCAUAGAGGGUAACACCAGCGGUAAGACUGCAAAAUUUAAGGGUUUGAAGAAAUACAACAAUAAUAAUUUUACGUUUUUUGUUACUUUUCCACAGGGGAUAGAGAAUUUAAAGAAGGAAAGAGUAUCUAGAAAGAACACAGUGUAAGUUUGAAUUGCAGAAUUGAUGGAAUGUAAACUGACUGUUUUUGUUUGCAAUGUCAACAUGCAAAUUCCUUUACAUUUUUUGACUUGUUUAUUUAUCCAUUGGCACAAGUUACGUGGUCAAAAGUUGACUAAUAAUUAUUUAGACAAAUGAACUGUUUUUAAAACAGCUGAAUUAGAAUUAACCCCAAAAGACACCAAUCUGAAAGUGGCGAAGGCUUUAUCGAGCUCUGAAGCCGGAAACAUGUUAUUUUGUUGCACGUUUGUUACCUUGCGAGCAGAAGUUUCUUUCAUGCAUUGCUUGUACCAUUUACGAAGUCAUUUGCGUCGCUGUCAGUUUGUUUACGCCCCCGAGAGAAAACAAACCAACUACGCGACAGACAAGCCACACAAACGACUUCGUAAAUUAAAGCCAUGCAAGAAAGAAACCUCUACUCGCAGAGGCACAAACAGUACAAUCAAGUAAGAACUAUUCUCUAUCUCGAAUCCCCCAUAAUGCAGUGUAUUUUCUCCCCAGCAAGAGUCUCUCUUGCCCCCAAUUAAAUCUCGUCUUCGCCGCCAAAUCCAAAGGUCUCUAUCAUUUAAGAGGGAUGAAAUUUGGCGCGAGGGAGAAGGCACUUCUCUCUUGCCUAAAAUCCCCUUUUCCUUCCCUUUCGAACGCCUGCCACGUAGGCUGAGUAAGGAGACAACUAGGGAGGAGUCAGUCGGAUAGGUAUUUCCCGUAAGUACCCCUCCCUGCCCCAAGACUCCAUACAGUAUGUCAGGAUUGUUCUUUAUAUCGGUAUUUCUUUACGCAAAGCCCUAUACCUAUGUGGGCAAAAUAUUUAGCCUGAAUUCCAUCCGAUUACUUCGAGUCGUUAUUACUCCCUCAGUUACUGAGGGAGUGGAGUAAUAACGACUCGAAGUAAUCGGAUGAAAUAGAGGCUACAAAAUAUUGGCUUUCCGUCCUGAACUGAGACUAAAAUCUACAAUUUACACAGCUAGGGUAAAUGACGAGCAUCCCCCUCCCCUCCCCUCCCCUCGAACAUUUUUGUAAACACUUUCGCACUGGUUUUUCUACACCAUUGAAAACCAAUUUGUUCAGUAACCUUUCCCCUUAGAAUCAUUACUUUUUUUGUCGUUUCUUCGCAGGUAUGAAAAUCUGCAAGAUGUAUUUGGAGGAUAUUUUUCUAUUUCUUGGUUUUCACCCUUCUCGUCUGGACCUUCGCGGCGCGCAAGCUAUGCCUUUCACGAAGUCUAGAAAAACACUGUACUCAUUACUUUGUCCACUAUGUACGUACUUACUUACUUACUUACUUAGGCUUUUCAAUAGCUAAUACUUAACAGGGGGCGCAUACUCCACUUACUUAAAUCCUUGCUCUCCGAUCUUUGCCUACUGUUCGGUAGUGGUCAAACAAAAAACUCUUAAUCCAUUGUCUUCGGGCAUAGCCCAGUGAAUAUACCGUCCCAUACUCGGUCGGUUUGUAAGAUAACCUUUUUGUCUUAAACGCGAGACAGGUAGUUAUCGCGAACUGCGAGAAGGUAGUUAUCUAGGGGUUAGGUAGUCUGUCCACAGACUUUUUUCUUUUCUUUUCCUUCCUUUUUUAAUUUGAUUGUUUUGUUUUUGUUUUUUGUUCUGUAUUAUUUCGUUUUUUUUCGACAAUUCGACAGCAAAGGCGCAAAAGUUUCUCCUUUCUCCUUUAUGCCAACCUAUCCCAUAAUUUCACAAACUUGAAUUUUCGUGACGUCACACUUUUCUAACAGUCAUAAAUGCCCCACCUUCAUUGGAGAAAGCUCAUGUCCUUCUUUUUUUCUUCUCAACGCAUAGUGGAAGGAAGGCGACAAAUAACCAGUUCGCGCGUUCAUCGAAUAAAGUAGAAGAGCUGUGAACGUCUACCUUAUCUGGGAACGUUGGUGCUGUUAUUGUGUGUGAGACAAAAAAUUCAAUAUUUUUCCUCGCUAGACUAGUUUUGCAUCGUUAGGUUAGUAAAGCACCUUCAACUGCAACACCAGAGUUUAACGUAAUUAGUCAUGGCCAUAAUAUUCGUUAAACUAGUCAAUAACCAAUGGUUACGACAAACAGGCGACAACGAUGGAAGGUUAAAACUCUUUUGCUCCAAAGCUGUGCCUGCGUAAGUUUCACUUGACAGAUGGUAAAAGCACGCGUGAUCAGAUUACGAGUGAGAGGGAACGUUUCUAGUGAGAGGGAAUCCGGGAAUAACACUUAAGGAGCAGCAUCCGCAUGUUUUUCGGAGGUGAUGAGUUGGGUGGGGAAGGGUUAAGAUUCCACCUUUCGUACGUAACUCGAUAAUGCAUGGAUGAGGACGAUGUUAUAAAGGUAAUUUCUUGUUUAGACCACGGCGCGUCUCGCCUUUCUCGCGUGGGCUGAUUUUCACGCGCCCUCGCGUUUCGCUCCCUCUACUAUCCCUGAGGAAAAAUGGGGACUACUCGUAGUCUAUUUCUUGUUAAAAACAAGUAUAAAAAUCUUCUUGGCCGUAAAAAUA